AUACAAUCUUUAUGCCAACAUCAAACAGACUUGUGAUGUCGAGUGGGACGACGCCAUGAUGGGUUAUUUUUCGAGUUAGGGGCAAUUUUAAGGCUGAUGUUUGCUUUCGACCUUGCCCAUUUUCACUAUCUGAUGUCGAUUAAGGACAUUUAUUUUCAAGCAAUCUAGACUCUAUCGAAACUCGUUUAAGGAAUCUCCCGACCAUGGCUCUUUGGGGCACGAUUUCCGUAUCCCUCUGUGUCAUCCUCCUCUUCCUCCUCCACGUUACAUGGGGGGAGCACCAGCGCAUCGAGUGCCCCAAGAAAUCCGGCAAGUCGGCCCACUUCUACGCCCUCGCCGACACCGCCAUGGAGAUCGCGUACGCCGAGGAGCUCAACGUAACCGUCUUCGAAUGCUCGAGACGCUGCCGAGACGAUGGUGGCUGCAUGAGCUAUGGCUACUCCAAACGUCUUGAGUCGUGUCAGCUUUACGACUUCGAUCGAGAGACCGGGCCGGAGUUCUUAGUGACGUCAUCAGAUUACGUCUACUACGACACGGUGGACACUAAAACUUCGAACCCGCAUUACAUGGGCUCAUGCAAGCACCAUCAAUGUGAAAACGGGGUGUGCAGAAUGGAUUGCUCAGAGAGGGGCUACUACUGCGAGUGUGCCGAGGGAUACCGAGGAGAAUUCUGCCAAUCUGCUUACAUCCAUGAGCCUCGACUGGUUGACGAAAUCAUCUCUGACCGAGCUAGGGACGGCGUCGGCUUUACUUUCAACAACAUGAAUUUCCUCGCAAUUUCAUCCCUGCAAACACAGGACUCAGCCGGUAACAGUGCCCAGGCUGACCAGGUGAUACUCCGCUAUGAUUACUCGACGGAGCAGUACGAACCCAUGCAGAUAUUGACUGGAAUUGGCGUUGGUUACUUCCUAACCGAGUUUCAGCUCACCGGAAAACAGUACCUCUUCAUAUGUAAUUACAGGGAAUUCGGAGACACGCAAGACACCGAUUCCUUUCUGUGGGUUUACGAUAAUAGUUCUGAUUCCUUCAUCGUUCAUCAAACCUUUGAUACCAAAGGAUGUAUGGCCCCUGCUAAGAUCAGAGCAUCAGACAGUGGAUUUUAUUUAUUCCUCGGAUAUUAUUAUGCACCCUCUUCGUAUGACCAGGAAUCUCCCGUUUUCAAGUGGUAUCCUCGAUACGAGCGCUUCGUUGAGGUUGACACCGUAUCGACGACGGGCGUGUAUAAAUCAUCCCUGUUCGAGAUCGACGGGACUGUUUAUGUCGGAGUUUCAAGCUUUCGAAGCAAUUCAGGGUUUGACAAUUCUGCCGAAGUGUGGGAACGUACGGACACAUAUGAUCUCUACCGUGGCUGUUACGUCGAUGGGACCAACCGGGCUUUAGACGGUGACUCAUUUUCUUCAAGCUCGAUGACUGUGACCAUGUGUAUCACGUACUGUCGAGAUCUCGGCUACCCCUAUGUUGGACUUCAGGCGCAGUCACACUGUUUCUGCGGCGAUGAGAACUACGACGAACACGGAAGCGUCAGUGAUGGUGAUUGCAACCAGCAGUGUGCGGGGGACAGCUCGGAAUACUGUGGCGCUUCGUGGCGAAACAGCAUCUAUAUGACAGAGCCAUCGUGGAGCCAGACGCAAGUCUUACCGGACUCGAGUCCAGGCCCCAUAGAUAUCGAGUCCUACUCGCACGAGGAAUCGCAUUACAUCGUACUGAGUCGCCACCAUGACGGGUCCGAAUGCGAUCAAGAUACGGAAGUCUAUGUAUGGAACGCUGGAUUGAAGGAGUUUGGGACUCAUCAGACAAUUUCCUUCUCCGAGACCUGCUCAGUCGGUAUUGAGGUAUUCGAGAGAGGCGGUGAAAAGUUCAUGCUGACUUCGAAUGCCCGCAAGUUCUACAGCGCAACGGAGCCCGACCACUGGGCGGUGGAUUGCCGCAUCUUCCGCCUUGUUGACACGGUGUGGAUCGACCACACCACCGUCAGUGGGUUCAAUGUUGUUAACUUCCAGACCUUCGAGCGUGAUGGCGAGCUUUACAUCUUCCAGACAGGAGGAAGAAACGAGACCGACCCAGGUAGCACCUACAGCGAGUGUACGCAAAAAAUAUAUCAAUGGAUCUGAAUCUGAUAGGGUGGAAACCAAGAUGAAGAAAAAGCUGGAAAUUAAGCGCGCACAAAGUUCCGAGUUUUUUUUUUCUCUCUCUCUCUCUCUCUUGCGUGUGCGUGUCGUUUCUCACUCGUUGAGUCGUUGGUAUAGCCCCAUAUUAAGGCGGGGUAAGUUGAGCCCAAGGGCAAUUUGAGCCACCACCACCAGGCCAAUUUAAUGAGUCAGACAUUGUGGCGGUGACAGAUACUGAUGGCCCAUCGCAUAACCCCUAACCCCGCCACACUGUUUUGAAUGAAUCUUGAAAAGGAAAAUAAUAUUUCAGAGGGAAAACUACAAAUUUAAGCCAAAAGAUCUAACUUAAGUUAUUUAAUAGAUAAGUGCAUUUUACCCACAUACAUCUACAAAUAUAAUGAGGACGUAAGAUGACAACAUUGUUAGUCCAGGUAGGGAUCAUCCUCAUUCUUGUCAUAGUGUUUAACAUGAUGGGUGUAUACGUAAUGUGUGGAUGUGAACAUUUCACAUGAUGUUCGGACUAGGGUAGGUGAGCCAGCAUACAUGGGGCAAGUUGAGUCAUGGUAAUUCGUAUGAUAUAAACAAAGGGCCGAAUUCACAAGACAGCCGUUUUAGUAGAGGAUUUUAGUAUUUAUAGAGAAUUAGCAAGCGAAAAGACCUUUUAAAUACAAAAAUGUCAUGCUGGUUUUUGCCCCAUAGCCUUUGUACAUAGUAUUUGUGGCUCGAUUUGCCCCCAGAAGGUACGUGGCUCAACUUACCCCAGGGGUGGGGUAAGUUGAGCCAUUUGACUUUUUUAAUGAUGACGGUGCCUUUCAGUGGGGGGUAGAAAGUUACAUAAAUAUUGGCAAAAUAAAUGUUUCCAAAUAAUUAAAUUUUACGGUAAGGUACUUAUUUAUACAGGAUUAUUAGUCAUAUCGGUCCUAACAUGCAAACAGCAAAAAUUGCUCAACUUACCCCGCCUUCCCCUACUUUUGAUUAUGUCAUGCAGUAUUUUCCUUCAUGAAGUCUCAAGGUCGUGUGUGCAGCAGCGUGCAAUGAGCUCUAUCCAUUUUUUAUUGAUGGCGGAAAAAUUACUGCAUAGUUCUCAACCCACUCGUGUACACCCGCUCAUUUUGAAAAUUGCUGUAGAGUUUGAUUUUCUGUUGUGUCUAUGAGGUAUAAGUAGAAUGAACAUUAUGUAUAUUUAUCUAUAAAGUGACACUACGAGAUUAUUAUUCUUUUCGUGGGAUUUUAUGUACCAUAAAAGAAGUCGAUAGCUUAAAAGAGACUAUAAUAAAUCGAUUAUUGUAAGUAAGUAUUGUAAGUGGAGGUGCCGUAGCCGAGUGGUUUAUGGCGCCUGACUAUACAUUAAAAGUCCGGGGUUCGAUCCCCGGCCGCGGCACCUAUGCCCGCGAGCAAGGCAUUUAAUCUACAAGGCUCUUUUAUCCUGCAUCCAAAUAAAUGGAAAUGUUAUAGGCAUUCUUGGUAACUAGGUGUGCACUUGUUUGAAUAAAAAAAAAUCUUUUCAAAAUCUGUACGCACUCCAACACUAUGGAUUAGUAAUAAGCUCUGGUUUGUGGGACAUUUUCCAAACAAAAGGUGUAAGAGAGGGUUAUUUGAAACAAAAAAUCAAAAUCAUUUUGAACACAAAUGUGGAGAAUUCAUCAGCAACGACGAAGAAAUCAAAAUGAUAAUGAUAAUACUUUCAGCCAUACCAAUAAAUAUAUCCAACGCCUCAUUCAAUUAUUUGCAUAAAGACUUAUAUCUAAGAUGACAUAAUUGAUAAACUUGAUUGUACAUAAUAAUAAAAAAGUAUUUAAAUAUAUAA